AUGGCGGAGUCGGGCGAUGGCAACAUCAAGGUCGUAGUUCGAUGUCGACCCUUGAACUCGCGUGAGCUCGCCCGCGGAGCAAAGCCUUUGAUUCGGAUGGAGGGCAACCAGACCAUGAUUGACCCUCCAGAGGUUGGCUCAGCCCAAGAUUCAAAACGGGCCACGGAGCGAAAGACGCUGUCGUUUUCGUUCGACAAAUCGUACUGGUCGGCGGGCGACCGCGAUGAGCCGCGCUAUUGCUCGCAGCAGACCCUAUAUGAUGACCUGGGCGUGGAACUACUGGAUCAUAGUUUCAAUGGUUUCAAUGCGUGUAUUCUCGCUUACGGCCAAACCGGGUCGGGGAAGUCUUACAGUAUGAUGGGAUAUGGGGCGGACAAGGGAAUUAUCCCACUCACUUGUUCGGAGUUGUUUGUGCGUGUAGAGGAUAAGAAGGCGAAGGAUCCUAAUGUCAAUUUCACGGUCGAGGUUUCCUAUAUUGAGAUUUACAACGAAAAAGUACGGGAUCUACUUAACCCCAAAAACACGGGCAAUCUGCGUGUCCGAGAACAUCCAAGUCUUGGCCCUUAUGUCGAAGAUCUCUCGCGUUUGGCUGUAAACAGCUAUACUGAAAUGAUGACGCUCAUGGACGAGGGAAACAAAGCACGAACUGUUGCCGCGACUAACAUGAACGAGACUUCUUCGCGGUCCCAUGCUGUGUUCACCCUCCUCCUGACCAUGAAACGACACGAUGUAGAAACAAAUAUGGAUACCGAGAAGGUAUCUCGGAUUAGUUUGGUCGAUUUGGCCGGGUCCGAACGCGCAAAUUCCACUGGUGCGACUGGGCAGCGACUUAAAGAAGGUGCCAACAUCAACAAGUCGCUCACCACGCUCGGCAAAGUCAUAUCAUCACUCGCUUUAGCCAGCCAGAGUGACGGAAAGAAGGGGAAGAAAGGGAAGGCAGAGGAUUUCGUUCCAUACCGCGACUCGGUUCUUACUUGGCUGCUAAAAGACAGUCUUGGAGGCAACUCGAAGACAGCAAUGAUCGCCGCUAUCUCGCCUGCAGACUACGAAGAAACACUGAGUACUCUGCGCUACGCCGAUCAAGCAAAGAAGAUUAAGAAUAAGGCGGUCGUCAACGAAGACCCCAAUGCGAAGCUGGUGCGAGAACUGAAGGAGGAACUGGAGAUGCUUAGAGGCAACUCGUGUGUCUGGAAGGUCACCUACCAAGCCAAGGACGGUACAAUCAAGACAGUCACGAAGGCUGAGUUGCAAGAUCAAAUGGAGUCGAGCGAAAAGCUCAUGCAGACUCUGAACGAAACGUGGGAGCAGAAGAUGCAGAGAACACAAGAGGUUCAGAAAGAGCGGGAGAAGGCGCUCGAGGAGCUCGGGAUUACCGUGGAGAAGAAUCUUGUCGGUGUACACACGCCAAAACGGAUGCCUCACUUGGUCAAUCUAGUAAGUCGGCAAAUCGGCUUGUUUUCGCCUCUGAUCGCAUGUAAUUGGUACUCUAGAACGAAGGUAUGCUUCUUUACCCCGCCUUGUAGUCUAAACAUUUUUUUCACAGACCCGUUGAUGAGCGAAUGCUUAAUUUACCAAAUUAAACCUGGGAAAACAAUGGUCGGUCGAAUGGACAGCGAGAAGCCCGCUGCGAUUCGCCUCAGCGGCGAUAACAUCCUGGAGGAGCAUUGCUACUUUGAGAACAUCGAUGGCAAGGUUGUGAUCCAUGCCAUGCCUGACAGUGUCACGUUUCUCAACGGCAAACAAAUCACCCCGGGGCAGCCUCACAAGUUGCGAUCGGGCUUUCGUAUCAUUCUUGGCGAGAAUCACGUGUUUCGCUUCAACGACCCGGAAGCCGUUCGUAAACAACGGGACCGUGCUACUCUCAGGUCCAACCUUCAACUCAGUGUAACUGCGGCUGAUCUCGAGGCUGGAGAAGCAUCGACUAGGCCGGACUCUCCAGCUUCUUCUGCUGAAGGGGCGGACGUUGAUUGGACAUUUGCGAAACGAGAGGCAGCUUUUGCCCGGUUGGGACUCGAUCCCACCCUCGACAACCUCCCAGACGAUGACCUCAACAAACUCUUCGAAAAAAUCACGAAGGUCAAGACGAUGCGUGACCAUAACAUGAAGCCUCCGCGUCCGGAGAGUAGCAUGAGCAUGAGUCAGAGUCAGACUGACGAUGUUUGGAGCGAAACUGGUCGGCCAUUUUCGAGCGACGCGACGGAUGACACCAGUGUUGAUGUUGCCCCUAGCCCUGAGGUGGAUGGACCACUCAGAGAUGCACAGAACCAGCUCGAGAAUCGACUUCAGGCCAUUACCGAGUCUUCACCAGAAGCGGAGGAUCUGAAAGAGGAGAAAGAGCAUAUGGAGCACCAAUUGCGAAUGGUCAGACAACAGAUGCGGCGACUCAUCGAUGCACGGGCACGUGGAGAAACUGAUGUUGCGGUGGAGUUUGAGCCCGUCAUUUACACCGCAAAACAACUCAGGCUAAUACGGAAGGUUCUGGAUAGAUGGAGGGCACAUAGAGCCUUCUCUAUGGCAGAGGUUGUUCUUUCGAACGCGGUCAUAGUGAAGGAAGCCAAUAUUAUAAGGCAAGUAGAUCUUGUCGUUUUUUCCAAAGAGCUCGGAAAGGAAGUCUCAUAUAAUUUUACUAUCUCGGCUGGCGGCUCGCUUGCGGCGCCUGUCUCCGCUGUUGACACGAUCGCGGGGUUAGACGAGUUCGGUGACGUGGCUGAUCCCGUGCUCGCGUCUUCCACUCAGCCUUGUGUCGCCGUGAAAGUUCUGGACAAGCGUCACAAUGCGAUCUAUACUUGGUCGUUGGACCGAAUGCAGCAACAACUCGCCCGCAUGCGCAAUCUGACCACCUACAUCGACCGACCUUCUUACACCCAGCAUUUCUCGUCUGACGAAUCAUUUUAUGACACCACCCCAUCAGAAUAUUCAUUUAUUGGCAAUGCCCUCAUCUCCCUUGCUCCCCUCUCCCGUCGCCUGUCUUCGACAUCUACUGUGCCUAUUUUUUGCCGCUAUACCGCUGAGGCUAUCGGCUCUUGUCGCGUUGACAUAAAAAUUGUCAAUGUGCAGUUAACAGGGAAGCACGCCAAUGGUUCUUCAACUUCGACGCGGGCUUCUUCACCAAGUCCAGGAACCGUACCCCCAGGAAGCAAGAUUGGCUUCUAUCUAACUGUUGACUCGGUCAAAGGACUUUCGUCGCAUGACUUUUCUGCAGUCCACCUCCAAGUUAGACUCUCUUCCUUUGUUGGCCCCGCGUUGGCCUCCGAAGAGGUCCUUCCAUCGGCAGCCAUUGACAUUGAUGCUUCGACUCUCUCGGAACUUCGCUUCCGUAGACAUUUCUCCAUUGUGGCGUCAUCGAAAGCGUUGGCCCACAUGAAGGAGGGUUAUGUGCCGAUAGAAUUCUUUGCGACUGUCCGGCCAAUGUAUCUCGAGCGAUUAGAACGCUGGGAUGAAAUGCGGGAAGCUCGAGUACGACCCCCUCCGCCAAGGUCUUCUCCGGUGUCGGAAAAUGCGCCCACUCUUCCACCCAUGCGUCGCUCAGAAACUGAUUUUGUGGUUCAACAAACACAUGACGUCGUCGCGUGGCUGCAAAUAUGCGAACUUGCUCCUGAUGGUCAAUACGCACCCGUGCCCGUCGUCUCCCGAGGCAACUUAGACGCUGGCUGCUUCACGCUACACCAAGGUCUUCAACGCCGCUUGAACAUAAGCUUAUCUUCAGACUCAGGCCAGCAACUUCCAUGGAUGGAAUUUACUCGAGUUCGCAUUGGUAAUGUGCGUCUACUAGACACCAAUGGCCGGAUACACGAAUCUACCUCGAAGGCUCUGGUGACCCUUCCGCUAUUGAAGGAGCAAUUGUUGGAGUUCAGGCCCGAUGGCACUGGACAUCUAGCUGCGGAAGCGCUAUGGGACACCAGUGUUCACGACUCACUGCUGCUCAACAGAGUUACGGAAGGAAACCAGCGUGUCAUUCUACAACUUAGUUGGGCAGUUGCCGUCGACUCUUGCAGCGAUCCGGUGCAGUUUAGCAUGGAUAUUGGAAUCACUAUUAGAACCCGCGAUGCUCGGGCGCCCUCAAAGCUAAUGGCUUUUCUAGGCUCAACCAAAAUCCUCUCCAAGACCAGCUCGUUAUUCUCCGUCAAACUGUCACCGCCUUUGACUCGCUCGCCCCGAGACCUUUGGAGGUUAGACACAUCGGAGAAAUAUGUACGAGGGGAAGAAGUUCUCGGUACCUGGAAGCCUAGGGGAGUCAGUGUGGUCCAAGACUACGAGCGACUGAUAUCGACUGAACGACGGGCUGCUGAUGUUCAAGCAAUACGGGUACUUCUCGCUACAACGCAACCUCGGCCGGUUAACGCCGAGACCUUGGCGUGGAAAGCGGAUAGUUUGCUGCAGCGGUCGGUGGAACUCUGGCAAAAGCAGUUUGGCCAUCGCGGAGAGAUCAUUCUGAGCCAAGAUCCUAUUGAAUCCGACGAAUCGAAGCCGGCAAAGAAGAAAAACGGCCUCGUCCCUGAAGAAACUCUCAAGCUGAUCUCCGAGACGAAAUUGAUUCCGCGAAGUGAUGCUAAUGGGUCAACGAAGAAGGGCCAUUUGCUCAUCCUGACUGACGCCAGUCAAAACGUCUGGGAAAAGCGCUGGUUUGUCCUACGAAGGCCAUAUUUGUACAUCUACUCUCACUCCAACGAGCUGGAGGAGGUUGGCGUUGUCAGUCUUGAUGGCGUCAACGUGGAAAGUGACCCACAAAAAGAAGUGCUUCUUGGAAAGCCGUUCUCGUUCACGCUUUUCACAUCCUCCAACUCCCACGCAUUGGCCGCUCCCAGUCUGAAGGAGCUCCAGUCUUGGUGCACCAAACUCGAUCCGACACGACUCCCCUCAUGA